UAAGGAGAAGCGUUGAUUGUUACCAAUAGAUGGCAGCAAGAGGAAUGAUAAUUUUUCCCAAUCAAGUUUGGUAUCAACAUUAAACUAAAGUUUAACUGAUCAGUUGAACUAAGUAAGUUGACUGAUUAACAUUAACAAAAUCUAAAUUGUGAUAUAAGUUAAUUGUUGCUCUUUCUAAUGCACCAAUUAAUAAAUGAUCACGAUGAAGGCUCAACAUAAUCAAACAAUUAGCAAUUAACAGUUAACAUGAGUAUUGUUUUUUUCGUGUGUUUUUGUUUGUCUGUUUUUGUGCAUAAAAAAAGUGAACAUUUUAAAUCUGAAUUUUGACAAUUAAUCAACUUUUCAUUAGAUUAAUGACAAUUAACUAAAUUAUAAAGCUAAAUCAUGAAUCUGUUGAUUACCAGUUGGAUAUUAAUACUACAAAGUUACUUUUAUUCAGCAAUUAAAUUGUCCUUAAAUGAUCAACAUCAACACCAACCUCAGCUAAUUGAGUUAAAUUAUUACAAUUCAUCAGUACCAUUAGUGAAUUUAUUGGUUGAUAAUCAACAAACUGAAUCAACCAAACAGCUAACAAUUAACGAUGGAUUAAGACUUAAACGUUCAUAUAAGUUGGUUGGAUCAACAAUUGAAUCAAUUAAACGAUUACAACAAAUCUCAGUCUCAAGAUAUCCACCAACAUUUUUACGUACUUUUGAAGAAAUGGUUCUUGAAGAGGGAUCACCUUUAUCACUAAAUUGUGUAGCUUAUGGUAAUCCACUUCCACAGGUAACAUGGUUACUUGAUGGUUAUCCAGUUCUGGAUAUAUCCAGGUACAGAAUAGGUGAUUAUGUGACCAAAGAUGGACGCCUUGUUAGCUAUGUUAAUAUAACCUCAGUAUUGCCUCAAGAUGGAGGUCUCUAUGAAUGUACAGCAUCAAAUGACGUGGACACAGUGCGACACUCGAGGCGUAUCAAUAUAUUGGGACCACCGUACAUUAGGUCAAUGAAAAAUGUUUCAGGAGUUGCAGGGGAAUCGCUCAUACUCAACUGUCCAAUCGGUGGUUAUCCAAUUGAAACCAUUUUCUGGGAAAGAGAGAGUAUUCGUCUUCCAUAUAACCACAGACAAAAGGUACUGACCAAUGGUACUUUAAUAAUCGCCGAUAUCGAAAGGCCAACUGACCAGGGGAAAUAUACUUGUGGAGCCCGAAACAAGGAGGGAGUCGAGGCAAAGGGAAAUUUUUAUGUUUCUGUACUAAUUCGUCCUUUUAUUGACCCAUUCAAUUUUUCAGCCAAUCUUCAAUCAGGUCAACGUUAUAAUGCUUUAUGCUCAGUGACCAAAGGUGACCCUCCCAUUGAGAUACGUUGGCUUAAAGAUGGUCAACCAAUAAUAAUGGGAAGCUCAUCAUCAUCUUCAGAACUUUCAUCUUCACCUAAUCAUCCACUGGGCAUUGAUAUAAUCCAAGUAAAAGAUUUCUCUUCCCACCUUACCUUUGAAUCACUUGGACCAGAACACAGAGGAAACUACACUUGUAUUGCAACAAAUAGUGCCGGAAGUGACUCUCAUAAUGCAUCAAUGGUCAUUCAUGUUCCACCUCGUUGGCACAUUGAACCAAGAGACACUGCAGUGAUUAAGGAUCAAUUAGCAAUUAUUGAUUGUCAAGCUGAUGGAUUCCCUGUUCCUCAAACUCAUUGGUCUCGAGCUGAAGGUUAUCUUCAAGAGCCUCCGACUAAUUUUAAGCCCAUCAAUUCAAGUCCUCACCUUCGAGUCUUCGAGAACGGCUCACUGGCCAUUCAUAAUGCUCAAAAAUCGGAUGCUGGUUACUAUUUAUGCCAAACAAGUAAUAACAUUGGUUCCGGUUUAAGUAAAGUUAUCAAACUAACAGUUCAUGUCGCUGCUCAUUUUGAAACAAAGUUCAACGUUCACACUGUUCGUAAGGGUCAAGAAGCCAAAGUUCAGUGUAAAGCGAUUGGAGAUAAACCAAUUACAGUUAACUGGUUAAAAGACAAGAUUAACUUUAAUCCUCGAGAUGAUGCUCGAUAUGAGCUUUUCGAAGAGGCAAAUUCAGAAGGUUUAAUCUCUGAAAUACUAAUCCGAAGUGCCGAUAGACGUGAUUCUGCCUUGUUCACCUGUAAUACCUUCAAUGGUUUCGGUAAAGAUGAGACCAAUAUUCAGCUUCUUCUUCAAGAGCCUCCUGAUUCCCCUCAGGAUGUUAAAAUAUCCGAUCAUGAUGGACGAACAGCAACAAUUACCUGGUCACCUCCGUAUCCCGGAAAUAGUCCAAUAAUGGAAUACAUUAUUCAAUAUAAAUUGGAAAAAGAAAAAUGGACUAUUGGCUCUAGAGGCUUUUGGAAUGGCUCAGCUCCAGGAGGUGGAACUUUGUAUAAGCUUAAAAAUCUCCAUCCUGUCACUCAUUACCAACUUCGCAUGUUCGCAGUCAAUGCAAUUGGACGAAGUGAGGCCAGUCAGAUUAUUCACUUUCGAACCGAUGAAGAAGCACCAGGAGGACCUCCACUUCAUAUCAAGGCGAUUCCAAUGAGCUCGUCGUCCAUUAGAGUUACAUGGAAACCACCAAAAAAAGAGUUGACCUAUGGCUUAAUCAAGGGCUACUAUGUGGGUUAUAAGGUUCUCCGAGAGGGUCAUCUCGAUGAUGGACUGGUCAGUGGGGGAGGAGGAGGUGGUAGCGGUGAUAUUGGCUCUCUAAAUGGUAGUAGUGUGAGUAAUCACAAUGGAGUAAGUUCUUACACUUAUAAAACAUUGGAAGCCAAGGAUCGAUCAUCUAAUGAAGAGGCUCAUAUAACUGGAUUAACUCGAGCUUCAAAAUAUUCAAUAACCGUCCAAGCUUUUAACUCGAAAGGUUCAGGUCCAGCAUCCGAAGAGAUUGUUGUUCAAACUUUAGAAAAAGAUCCACCAAUCUCACCGAGCCUGAAAAUUUCAUCUAAAAGUUCAUAUUCAAUAACUAUCUCAUGGUCAAUUGAUCAACAACAAUCAACCACUGAUCCACCAACAGGUUAUAUUAUUCAUAUGAAACGUUCCAAUUCAGAUAAAUGGGAAUCGAUUGAAGUCUCACCCUCUCAGAGUUCCCACACCUUUGAGGGGCUCGCCUGUGGGACAAGUUACCAGUUCUAUGUGAUCGCUUUUAAUGAGAUCGGUAAAAGUGAUCCAAGUAAUAUAAUUCACGUAAAAACUGAGGGAUUAGCUCCGGUUGCUCCUGAUAAGCAUUCAUUGUUAUCCAUAAAUUCAACCAAUGCUGUAGUUCAUCUGGACUCCUGGCAUGAUGGAGGUUGUCCCAUGAAUAAGAUUGAGAUUAUGUACAAGGAGGAAAAACGAGCCGAAUGGUUGAGUCUUCCAGCCAUCUUUCCAUCAUCCUCAUCCUCAUCAUCUUCAUCUUCAUCUUCUUCUUCUUCUUCUUCUUCUUCAUCUUCCUCCUUGUCUUCGUCCUCAGUAUCCAUCUUAUCCAAAGAGGAUAAAGACAUCCUUCUCAAUAACCUUCGACCUGCGACCAAUUAUGACCUUAAAAUAACGGCAACGAACGAGGCUGGACCCAUACAAGCCGCUUAUUCAUUUAAAACAAACUUCAAGGCCAAUCGAGAAAGAGGACAUUCCCUGAUUGGUAAUGAAGCAUCAAAAUCAUCAUCAUCAUCAGCUGAUCGUUCAAUUUAUCUUGAUAUGAAUUUAUUAUUACCAACAACAAUUACCAUUGGAGUUACAUUGAUUCUCCUCACUUUCUUGUUCUGCCUUUUUUUCAUAAAGAAACGACAAAAUAAUAUAAGUUUUUAUGAAAAUCCUGGAAUCUAUGAUUCUGGUAGUAAAUGUGAACCUCAUGGUGGCAAUGAAUCUGUCCGGUUAACUCAAUUGGAUGCUGGUGGUGGACUUAAUGGAGGAGGAAGCAUGAAGAAAUCGAUUGUUACAGAUAAUUCCGUUUCCGGUUUAGAUUCGGGAUAUUUUCCUUCACCUUAUGCAAUGACCAAGAUUGAGAAUGAAAAAAAUGAUCCAAUGGUAACUCAGAAUGCUAUUGAAAUGGAAGCCAAAAGGCCGAUCAAUUCACCAAUUAAAAAGCAUUCAACAUCCGAAUCAGGGGAACCUUUAUAUGCAACAGUGAAACGAACUCCUCGUCCACCAAGAUCGGAUGUUCACGUUUACCAUUAUCCAAUGACUCAAGCUACUUCUGAUUCUGGUUGUGUAUCGGAGGCUUCAUGGCAGAACAUGGUCACUCCAAGUCAAUCAAGUCACGAAGCUACAAUUAAUACUGCGACUUUACUGAGAUUUCAUGAAGGCCCAACAGAAAAAGGAUUAUCUUCUACUCCGAUGACUUCCAUGUAUUCUGUGUAUACUGAUCGUCCACCGGUGUUAAUGUGCCAAAGCUCACAACGAUAUAACGGAAACUAUUCAAGAGGAUCAAUUUCCUAAGCCGAAAGGUUAAUCAAUAUGGAUUUAAAGUCAAUCUUUGUUUACUCCUGUUCAUCACCAUAAUCGAGGCCUUAAUCAAAUCUGAUUAUCUCAAUAAGAUUUGCUGAUGUGCUAACUGAACCUAAGGAUUGUUCAAUGGAUCUUAAGAUAACAACGAUUACAAUUAUGGUUGAUUGUCACCAAUUUAGAGAUGGACAAUAAGUGAUAACUGACCAGUAUGAUUGAACUACUUACAAGAUACAAGCUUUUUUUUUUCAUUACCAAAUUGAUCAACAAUUAACUGUGGAUGGGAAAAUUUCCUAACAAAAUGUGAUUCAACUUUUUCUCCUCCAUGUCUGUCUCUUUCACUCAAAUGCCUUGUGAAUUGAUGAUGAUUACCGGUGAUGAUGAGAAGGAUAAUCAAAGAAAGAUCAAAGAUAACGAGUCAUGUCAAAAACAAUAGGACUCAAGUUUCACCUUGAUUAAAGUAACUUGAAUCUCGCUUUCUUUUCACCAUCAGAUUAUUUGGAAGAAAUCAAGUUGAUUAAGCUGUGGAAAAAAAACUCUGAUACUAUUAAUUGAUUUCACUUGCGUUUAUCAUGAACAUCAUCCUGGACAAUUUAUGAACAACCAGAAAGCAAAGAAUCGAGAUACAAUUUUUAUCGUCAGUCAAAUUCUGGAUGAUUGUUGAUUCACUUGAUAUCAAUACAAUGGAAACUAUUAAUACAUGAUGUUUACACUCAUAUAAUUUAGUUGACGAUCAAAUCUAAUUCUGUUAACAUAAAUAUAUCUACACACAUAC